ACACUAGUUUUUUUUUAUCUGUCUUCAGUCGAAUCUUCACUCUCUCUCAGUCUUCAGUCAUCAUGACUCUCAUAUCUUCUCAUCUCUUUCCAUUCUCCGCCGUGAACCGCCGUUCACCGGCAACAUCCACCACCACCACCACAACCACCGAUCUCUUUUCAUGUAACAAACCCACAACAACAAACAACACUGUCAAAUUUUUGUAUUCUCCUUCAUUACAUCGAUGUAUCCGUUUGGAUGAAAGAUUUGUUACAAGGUUUAUUGUUCCUGCAAAUGCUCAAGAUCUAAUCUACAAUGCUGGAGCCACCGUUGGUGUUCUUGGUGGCGCUUAUGCUCUUGUUUCUGCUUUUGAUGAUCUCACUAGAAAAAACAUCCUUAACCAGGGUCUGAGCAGAAAACUGGUCCAUAUAUUAUCUGGAUUGCUUUUUCUUGUUUCUUGGCCAAUUUUCAGCAACUCCCCUGAUGCUCGUUACUUUGCUGCUUUUGUUCCUCUUGUGAAUUUCUUGAGACUUUUGGUGAAUGGUUUUUCCUUGGUUUCUGACCAAGGACUCAUCAAAUCUGUGACUAGACAAGGAGAUCCAAAAGAAUUGCUAAGAGGCCCUCUUUAUUAUGUUGGGAUAUUGAUAUUAUGUGCUGUUGUGUUCUGGCGUAACUCUCCAAUUGGGGUGGUUUCCUUGGCAAUGAUGUGUGGAGGGGAUGGUGUAGCUGAUAUAAUUGGUAGAAGAUAUGGAUCCAUGAAGAUUCCUUACAACCAAAGUAAGAGUUGGGCUGGUAGCAUAGCAAUGCUUAUAUUUGGAUUCUUGGUUUCAAUUGGGAUGCUGUACUACUAUUCAUUUCUAGGACAUGUGCAGUUUGAUUGGGGGGACAUUGUACCAAAAGUUGCUUUUAUUGCUUUUGUGGCAACAGUGGUGGAGUCCCUCCCUAUUACUGAGGUGGUAGAUGACAAUAUUUCUGUACCAUUAGUAACCAUGGCAAUGGCUUUUUUCACUCUCAGUAAUAACUUUUAGAGAGAGCCUAUAUACCUUUCUUCAUUUUCUUCCCACCUUUUGUGUUUUGAAUUAUUCAAAGCCAUGUGAAAUUAGCUCUAGUAUGUACAUUGUAAAUAGAUCAUGAUUUGUAACAAUUUUGAAACUUCUUAAUAUAAAAUCAUUUUUGAAU